CAUACCAUGACUGAACCGAGUCCGGCCCAGAGAAGCUCACAGCCAGGUCAAGAGAUGGCGUCAGUGAAGCUGGAGGACUGCAGUCAAACACUGGAGCUCAAUGUGAUUGUCAAAAAAGAGGAAGAGGAGGAUGAGAGAAGAACCGAGGAAGAGAACGGAGGAGUAGAACAGGAGAGGGAAGACGGUAACGUUGACUCGGAAACAGGAGAGGGUGCCAGCUCAGACAAAGAGAGACCGUUCCUCUGCUCCCAGUGUGGUAAGCGGUUCACUGCACCAAGCAGCCUGAAGACUCACAUGCAGAGACACAGCGGAGAGAAACCCCACCAGUGCUCCUUCUGUGGGAAGCGCUUCCUACGAUCCACAGACCUGAAGAGACACCAGAUGAUCCACAAAGCAGUCACCUCGGACAGACCGUACCGCUGUUCGGAGUGCGGCAAGACGUUCACCUCGCCCACCAGCCUGAGGAUCCACCUGAAGAUCCACAGCGAAGACAAACCCCACCAGUGUUCCGUCUGCGGGAAGCGUUUCCUGUGGCUGUGUGUUCUGAAGAGACACCAGGUGGCGCACAAAGAGGCCAGGACCUCAAGAGAUACCAGGAGGAUCCACAAAGGUGAGAGGACAGUUACCAAGAGAUCCACAAAGGUGAUAGAGAGACACCAGGAGAUACACAAAGGUGAGAGAGACAGUUACCGGGAGAUCUCACGAAGGUAA